UGGAAUGGAAAAAAAAAGAGCAGAUUUUGCAUUCUGCAACUAAAUUUCAUGGAUUCCAAUUCUAAUACCGUGGUUGUGACUGGUUUUGGGCCAUUUGGACGCCACCCUGUUAAUUCUAGCUGGGAAGCAGUGAAGGAACUCUCCAAUUUGGGUCUGGGCAAAGAUGUGGUGGUUCAGAUUCUGCAACUGCACGUGGCUUACAAGAAAACAAAGGAGCAAGUCUCCAAAAUUUGGGAAACCCUUCAACCCCAACAGUUCACUGUCCAUGUUGGAGUUGCUUCAUCUUCCAAAGCAAUCAUCCUAGAACAGUGUGGAAGAAACCGAGGUUAUAAAGAUGCAGAUAUUUGUGGCUUUUCACCGGAAGGUGGUGUUUGCCUGUCAGAUGGCCCAGAUGUGAUUGAAUCUACUAUCAGCAUGAAAGCAGUUUGCAAAAACAUCUCUGUCAAUGGAAUCCAGGUUCUCUUUUCCAGAGAUGCAGGAAGAUAUGUCUGCGAUUAUACCUACUAUUUGUCUCUGCAUUAUGGAAAUGGCUGUGCUGCUUUCAUUCACGUCCCUCCAUUAUCCAAUUUGCUAACAGCCGACCUUCUAGGAAGAGCAUUGCAAAUCAUUAUCCAAGAGAUGUUAAAACAGUUUGGAAAGGCCAGAGAAUAA